AUGUACGAGAACACGGGAUACAGGCCGGAACUCGGUUCAUAUUCUCGUGACCGACGAGCAGAACUGGCUUUUGGAAAGCAUGCUGUGAAUAGAGACAUCGUCACCGUCGAGGUAUUCGACCCGAAGGACUGGAAAGCUCCGGCGGACGAAGUCGUCGAUCAGGAGGUCACACUCAAGAUUGCCGACGUCGAGGACUCGGAGGAUGAAGGCGAGCCGCUGGAGCCCAUCGGGGAGGAGUUGCGCAUCUUGAAGGAAGAGGAAGAUGCGCGGAGGGCGGCAGAACGCCAGCCUACAGGACGCAUUGUCGGCAUCGUCAAGCGCAACUGGCGAACCUACGUAUGCCACAUCGACUCUACAUCACUUACAUCGGAAAGUUCUACCUCCAUGUCCCAGCAGACCGUUUUCACCCCGCCAGUCUCACGCCUCAUCCCCCGCAUUCGCAUGCACACUCGACAAGCACCUUCGCUCUUAGGCCAGAAGAUCCUCGUCACCAUCGAUCGCUGGGACGUCACGUCCCGCUAUCCCGAGGGUCACUUCGUUCGCGCGCUGGGCCGCGCCGAGUCGAAAGAGGCCGAGCAGGAGAGCUUGCUUCUCGAGUUCGGUGUACCAUACCGGUGUGGUAGUAUCCCCGAGCAGAUGUACGAGCUCGCGUGGUGCGACGCGCGCAAACUUGAACGCGUUCACGCGCGUCGGGUCCCUAUCCACGACUUCCACCACGGCUUCAUUAUCUCUAAGAUUUACAGGUCCCACCAUCACCACCGCUACCCCUUCUACUCGACCGAUGUCACUGCCAGGCAUCGGCACCGCGCUCCCGCGCCCAAACACGCGUAG